GGGUAAAGAGUUUUUCUCAGUGCUCAGAGGAGAAAGAGCUGAGGUUGGUCAGGGCUGCAGACUUGAUACUGGAGUUCUUUCAGAUCAAGAUCAGCACAGCAAGAACUCUGUACUUUACCUCGGUGCUCAAAGAGAAAGCUGCUAAUUCCGGAGGUUAAGAACAAGAGGAGAAAUCUGAGAGCCGAUUAUGGAUUUAAAUAUGGUGCAGUAACAAUCCAGGUCUUUCUUUACAGGCUCAUUUUUUUAAACAUUUCAAAGGACUUAUAUGGGAACUUUGGAUGGAACUGAGUUAGUUUUUCCAUACUAUACAUUAUAAAGCAACAUUUUUUUUUAUUUUCUUUAGAAAGCAAAGGGCAAUCCAACAGAAGGAUGGCCUUUGCAGACCUCCUUGAACAGGUGGGCAGCACAGGUCGCUUCCAGAUCCUGCAUGUGAUGCUCCUCUGCAUCCCCGUCCUGCUGAUGGCCAGUCACAACCUGCUACAAAACUUUGUGGCCAUGGUGCCCCCUCAUUACUGCAACGCGGAUUCCAACUUGUCUCAGUCCCAGCUGAGCCCAGAGGAGAUUCUACUGAUCACAGUACCACUCAGCAAAGCAGGGAAACCACAGAGAUGCCAGCGAUAUGUUGCUCCACAGUGGCACCUGCUGGAUACAAAUGGGACUUCCACUUCAGAGGAGAAUUAUGAUGGAUUCCUGCAGGGAUGUGCUGAUGGAUGGUCCUAUAACAUGACGGGAAUGACCUCCACUAUUAUAUCUGAAUGGCAUUUGGUGUGUGACCUGCGUUCCUUAAAGCAAAUGGGACAAACCAUUUAUAUGGGAGGUGUGCUCCUGGGGGCUCUAAUCUUUGGAGGCCUUUCAGACAGAUAUGGCCGCCGCAUCCUCCUAAUGAUCUCUAACCUGCUCAUGGCAGUUUCAGGAACGUGUGCUGCUUUCUCACCCUCCUUCCCCCUCUUCUGUCUGUUCCGGUUUGGCUGUGGCAUGGCUCUUUCCGGCUUGGGACUCAACACCUUCUCACUCAUUGUGGAGUGGAUCCCGACUCGUGUCCGAACACUUACAGGAACAGCAACAGGCUAUUGUUACACUCUGGGGCAGCUGAUCCUGGCAGCCAUUGCCUACUUCAUCACGGACUGGAGGUGGUUAACUCUGGCUGUGUCAUUGCCCUUCUAUAUCUUCUUCCUUAUUUCAUGGUGGUUUCAUGAAUCCUCAAGAUGGUUAGCGUUAAACAAUAAGCCUGAACAGGCUGUAAAGACUCUUAAAAGUGUGGCCAGGUUUAAUAAGCGCCAUGAGGAAGGUGAAAAGAUUGAUGUAAAAAUGCUGCAGGAGUCUAUGAAAAAAGAACUGUCGUGCUCCAAGAGGACCUACAAUGCCCUUGAUCUGUUCCGCACCCUGAAAAUGCGCAUGAUGAUUCUCUGCCUCAGUGCCACUUGGUUAUCAACCAGUUUUGCGUACUAUGGUCUUGCUAUGGAUCUCCAGAAAUUUGGGGUAGACAUCUACUUGAUACAAGUAAUAUUUGGAGCAGUCGACAUCCCCGCUAAAGUGGUCAUUACUGUUUGUAUGAGUUUCAUUGGACGCCGGCCAUCACAAAGCGGCGCUCUCAUCAUCGCUGGAGUCACCAUUCUGAUCAACUUACUGGUACCUAAUGAUAAACAGACUGUGCGCACCUGUCUGGCAGUGUUGGGAAAAGGCUGUCUGGCUGCAUCCUUUAACUGCUGCUACCUUUAUUCUGGAGAACUUUUCCCAACCAUCAUCCGUCAAAGCGGCAUGGGUUGGGUGUCCAUGAUGGCACGUGUGGGAGCUAUGGUGGCCCCAAUGGUCCAGCUCACAGGAGACUACAUACCUUGGCUGCCAGGUUUAAUCUAUGGAGGAGCUCCAAUUCUCUCAGGGAUUGCUGCAGUUUUUCUUCCGGAGACUCUGGGCACACACCUACCUGACACAAUACAGGAUGUGGAGGACAGGGGUUCUGGAAAAAGAUCCAAGUGUCAGGCAUCAACAAAGGAAGCAGUGAUCUUGCAGGACACUAAGGUGGAUCUCCUCAAACAGGCUGUCUGAAUUCUCUGCAUGCAAACCUGAGGAAUGUGCUGACACUCAUGAAAAGGAAGUUUGUACUUUCUGUUGUUUUCUCACCUGUAUAUUUGAUCUUUGCAGUUUAUUUUGUGUUGUUUUAGCUCAGAAAAUGGAUAGGCAAUGUUAUCUUUAAAAAGGUCAGUAAAAUAAUCUGAAGGCAGCAGAGAAUUAAACCUGUUUGUUGUUGAAACAGUAGCUUUGAGAAAUUUGGGUUUUGUUAUGUUUUAUAAUCUACAUUCUGUGUAAAAUACAUUCUUUAUUCAAGGUUUCAACUUGCUGACUCUACUUUCAUUGGUGCUGUUAUAAAUUCAUAUUCCUUUGUAUGUACCACCUUGUAUUUUUCAUUAAAACGAACACAUAUUCUA